UCCGUCUCGCCGAUAUCUCCUGUCCUCUCUCGUUUUAUUUGGUAUUGGGGGAGUGGACGAGGGAGGCCCAUCGAAUCCACUUGGGUUUCUUCGCCGAUAAGGAUCGGUGGUUGGGGCUUUGUUCUCGUCGAGUCCGGUGUGGCAAAUGCGACUAAGAUAAAGGAGGAUGCUGGUGCCCAGACAAGAAGGACUAGCAAUUAUGCAGGACUACGGUAGAGGAAUAGAGGGGCACAAUGUGUCAGGAGGCCACGUGUGAGAGGAUGAUAUCUAAGAUUUUAUUACAUAUAGUUCAGUCCGCAAGUGUGUCAUACAGUAUUUCAAAUCAUACGCCCACUUUGCUGCAUGUAGGGUUCUAGUUGUGUUGGCACAAUACUACAUUGGGUUUACUUGCAGACAAUCAAAUGCUUGCAAAAUGAGCUCCUUUCUGCAAAAGCACUUGCAGGUAGCCCACUUACAGUUUUUGGAGUUAAGAUUCUUUUCAAAGCCAGUGAAACUCUGUUCUCUCUCUUUGAAUCUCAAAAGCUAAGUGUUCAUGUCUGAUCUUGACGUCCAUAUUCCAACUGCAUUUGAUCCUUUUGCUGAUGCAAAUGCUGAGGACUCUGGUGCUGGUGCAAAGGAGUAUGUUCAUAUCCGCAUCCAACAACGAAAUGGCAGAAAGAGUCUGACAACUGUGCAGGGGCUAAAGAAAGAGUUUAGUUAUAACAAGAUCUUGAAGGACCUAAAAAAGGAAUUCUGCUGUAAUGGUACUGUGGUCCAGGACCCUGAAUUGGGCCAGGUUAUUCAACUCCAAGGUGAUCAGCGUAAGAACGUCUCGAGUUUCCUGGUUCAGGCGGGUAUCAUCAAGAAGGAGCAUAUCAAAAUUCACGGGUUCUGAAUAAUUGCAUAUCAUGCGUUAAGACUUGAGUUAUAUAUAUUGUUUCUGGCUGCUUGUAACAUGUAACUUAAGGGGACACUGUGUUGCGACUCCUGGGUCGCUGGUCUUCUGAUGGCUUAUCUCUCAGUGACGUUUUCUGCCGUGAGAAGAAGCGUUGCUUUGUGUUAUGGUUUAUGUUCAUUUGUGUUGGUCCGGAUGUUUGAUCUCA